AUGAGUGACCAAAAUUUGGAAACAAUUUCACAACAGCGGAAACUUCCUGAAUGGAUGUCUAAACAGAAUAAAAAAUGUACUGGGCAAGAAAAAAAGCCUUCUGUUCAGAAGAGUGUCUUGGAAGAUGAUCUCCCCUUCUUGGAAUUCACUGGCUCUAUUGUGUAUAGUUAUGAAGCCAGUGAUUGCUCUUUCCUAUCAGAAGAUAUUUGCAUGAGCCUAUCUGAUGGAGCUGUGAUAGGAUUUGACAUGGAAUGGCCACCAGUUUACAAUAAAGGGAAGCUAGGCAAAGUUGCUCUAGUUCAGUUAUGUGUGUCAGAGAACAAAUGUUACUUAUUUCACGUUUCUUCUAUGUCAGUUUUCCCCCAGGGAUUGAAAAUGUUACUUGAGAAUGAAGCAAUUAAAAAGGCAGGUGUCGGAAUUGAAGGAGAUCAGUGGAAACUUCUACGUGACUUUGACAUCAAAUUGAAGAGUUUUGUGGAACUGACAGAUGUUGCCAAUGAAAAGUUGAAAUGUACAGAGACGUGGAGCCUCAAUGGUCUGGUUAAACAUCUCUUAGGCAAACAGCUUCUAAAAGACAAGUCUAUCCGCUGUAGCAAUUGGAGUAAGUUUCCUCUCAGCGAGGACCAGAAACUUUACGCAGCCACCGAUGCUUAUGCUGGUCUCAUAAUUUUUCAAAAAUUAAAAAAUUUGGAUGAUGCUGUGCAGAUGUUUACUUUAAAUAAAGAGGAGCAAAUUCUACCCAGUGAUGUGCAAAAACAGUUGAAUUUAAUCUCUGAAGAGAUGAUGGAUCUGGCUGAGCAUCUUCCUGACACUUUCAGAAAAUUGGAAAAUCCGCAGAGGAUUCCUGUACUAUUGAAGGCUAUUACAGAACAUCUGUAUUCAUUGAGGAAGAUAAUAUUUGAUUCCACCAACACUGAGACAGAACUGAGACCUAGCAGUAGUGUUGAUUUGCCAUCAGAUGGUGCAGCUGCUGGUACAGUACAAUGGAAAGACAUGAGAGAACAGAAAAUCUUGGCUAAAGAUGAGAAGUGGGACCCACUACUUGAUAAUUUAAUUGAACAGGAUGGGGAAAAUGGAUUUGAUGAAGAAGUGAAACAAGAAGAUGAGUUUGAAGAUGAGAUAGAAAACAAAUUCAAAGAAAAUUCAGAAAGAAUUUGUUGGGCAUCAUUAGGUACUACAGAAUGUGAACUCCAGCUCUUACAACAGCAGUCUCGAGAGGACAAUCUUGAUGUUACUUACACUUCUUCUGAGGUACUAAAUAAUGAGAACACGAAUUUUUUUAUUGACUCGAGCACUCAUUUGUCUUCAAAAGAUAAUGAAGAAGAUAUAUCAUACAUAAUUGAAAGUGAUGAAGAAUUAGAAAUGGAGAUGCUUAAGUCUUUAGAAAACCUAAAUAGUGACACGAUAGAACCAAUGCAUUCUAACCACCUCGAAAUGGAAAGAAAUCUGAAUCUUCCUACUGAUGAAAAUGAUGAAGAUGAAAAUGAAGGUAUUGAAGAGGAAGAAGAAAAUGAGGACCAUUCUGUGCCAGAACCUAAUGCAGAACAAAUUAAUUGCCUUAAGACCUAUUUUGGGCAUUCCAGUUUUAAACCGGUUCAAUGGAAAGUGAUUCAUUCUGUAUUGGAAGAAAAACGGGAUAAUGUUGUUGUCAUGGCAACUGGGUAUGGAAAAAGUUUGUGCUUCCAGUAUCCACCUGUAUUUGUAGGCAAAAUUGGCCUUGUCAUUUCACCUCUUAUUUCUUUGAUGGAAGACCAAGUGCUCCAGCUUGAAAUGUCCAACAUUCCAGCUUGUUUUCUUGGAUCAGCACAAUCAAAAAAUGUUCUUGAAGAUAUUAAAUUAGGCAAAUACCGUAUUGUAUACAUAACUCCAGAAUUCUGCUCAGGCAACUUGAACCUUCUAAAGGAACUUGAUGCCAUUAUUGGUAUCACACUUAUUGCUGUGGAUGAAGCUCACUGUAUUUCAGAGUGGGGGCAUGAUUUUAGAAAUUCCUUUAGGACUUUAGGUUCUCUAAAGACAAUACUCCCAUUGGUUCCAAUUGUUGCACUGACUGCUACUGCAAGUUCUGCAAUCCGAGAAGAUAUUGUACGUUGCUUAAAAUUAAAGACUCCUCAGAUUACCUGUACUGGUUUUGAUCGACCAAACUUAUAUUUAGAAGUUGGACGUAAAACAGGAAAUAUCCUCCAGGACCUGAAACAAUUUCUUAUAAAAAAUGAAAGUUCUGCCUGGGAAUUUGAAGGUCCAACUAUCAUCUACUGCCCAUCCAGAAAAAUGACUGAACAAGUUACAGCUGAACUUAGGAAACUGAAAAUAUCCUGUGGAACGUAUCAUGCAGGCAUGGGUAUUAAAGCACGGAAGGAAAUUCAUCAUAGGUUCAUGAGAGAUGAAAUUCAGUGUGUCAUAGCUACCAUUGCUUUUGGAAUGGGCAUUAAUAAAGCUGACGUUCGCAAAGUCGUUCAUUAUGGUGUUCCUAAGGAAAUGGAAUCAUACUACCAGGAGAUUGGUCGAGCUGGCCGUGAUGGCCUUCAAAGUUCUUGUCACCUGCUCUGGACUCCAGCAGACAUUAAUAUCAAUAGGUACCGCCUUAGUGAAAUACGCAAUGAAAAAUUUCGAUUGUACAAAUUAAAGAUGAUGGCAAAGAUGGAAAAAUACCUUCAUUCGAGCAGGUGUAGACGACAAAUCAUCUUGUCUCAUUUUGAAGACAGACAUCUACGAAAGGCUUCCAUGGGUAUUAUGGGAACUGAACAAUGCUGUGAUAACUGCAAAUCCAGAUUAAGUCAUUGUUUUUCCACUGAAGACUCAGAUGAUACAUCACAGGACUUUGGUCCACAGGCAUUCCAGCUGCUAUCUGCUGUGGACACUUUAGGAGGAAAGUUUGGAAUUGGGGUUCCCAUUUUAUUUCUCCGAGGAUCUAAUUCUCAGCGUCUUGCAGAUAAGUAUCGUGGCCACAAGUUUUUUGGCUCUGGCAAGAAUCAAACAGAGAACUGGUGGAGGGCUUUUUCUCAUCAGCUCGUAACUGAAGGAUUCUUGCAGGAAGUUUCUAGGACUAACAAAUUUAUAAAGAUCUGCAAGCUUACACAAAAGGGUAGAACCUGGCUUGAUAAAGCUAAUAAAGAAUCUCAUCAGAGCCUUAUUCUCCAGGCUAAUGAAGAAUUGUGUUCACAGAAGUUGCUACUGCUAAGUUCUAAAACUAUAUCAUCAGUCAGUGACCAAUAUCCUAAUGAAGUAUCAUUUGGAUUAACUGCAGAGAAGAAGUCUAAUUUGGAGAAGAUGUAUUCUUACAAGCCAUGUGAUAAAAUAUCUUCUGUGAGUAACAUUCCUAAAAAAAGUGUCAUGGUGUCAUCCCCAGGAAAAUGCCUUCCUGUAUCUUACAAGCUUUCAGAACCUGUUAUUUCAGCCCAAGAACAAAAGCAUCAGACUAUGCUAUACAGCAAAUUGGUGGAAGCCAGGCAGAAGCAAUCCAGUAAAAUGGAUGUUCCUCCAGCUAUUCUAGCAACCAAUAAGAUACUACUAGAUAUGGCCAAAAUAAGACCUACUACAAUUGAAAAUGUGAAAAGGAUUGAUGGUGUUUCAGAAGGCAAAGCUACUAUGUUGGCUUCGCUGAUAGAAGUCAUCAAGCAAUUCUGUGAAGGAAAUAGUAUGCAGACAGAUAUUUUUUCAAGCACAGAACCUCAAGAAGAACAGAAGACUUUGGUCACAAACAGUGAAGGUUGCUCACUUUCCCAGUCUGGGUUCCUCACUUACUCUUUAUUCCAAGAAAAGAAGAUGUCUUUAGUGAAUAUAGCUGAUAACAGGACUCUGCCUCUCACAACAGUUGGCAUGCAUUUAUCCCAAGCGAUGAAAGCUGGCUACCCACUGGAUGUGGAGCGAGCAGGCCUGACUCCAGAGGUUCAGAAGAUUAUAGCAGAUGUUAUCCGAAACCCUCCCAUCAACUCAGAUAUGAAAAAACUGAGACUAAUUAAAACAUUGGUUCCUGCAAAUAUUGACAUGUACCUCAUCCACAUGGCAAUUGAGAUCCUGAAAAAAGAGGAGAGCAGCAGACUACUCUGCCAACCUUCAUGUGAUGCCAACAAAAAGAGAUGUUUCCCCAACUCUAAAGAGAGCUGUUCAGAUUCCAAGAGAAUCAAAGAAGAAGCAGGCGCUAAUACCAAGACUUCAACUGAAACCUCAAAAAGAAAAUUACCUGCGUGGUUUGCCAAGGGAAAUGAAGCAGCUAAUACCAACAAGAAAGCAAUUGUAAAAACAAAAAAGAAGGGUCUUUUUAGUUAA